AUGUAUUGGACCGCGUCCGUCUUCAGCAACAGCGUCGGUCGCCUCAUCGUCAGCGAGCCUCGCGACGACUGCGCAACGACGGCUCCUGCCCAUCCUGAUGCGUUUUAUGUACAGCAGCUCGAGCAUGCUCGUCGUGCCGUGGACGACCUGUGCCCCGAUAGUUUCGCGGACAAGAGGGAGCUGGUUCAGUGGAUGCUGAACAACCCUGGCAGCCUCCUGGAAGCAGGCGAAGAGCUACCAGCAGAUGCUGAGCUGGAACUUCUCCCUGAGCCUGGCGUUCAGGAGCAUCGCGAUGAUGAGCCGGAAUUUCUCGAAACAUGUGCGGACGAGAAUGCGAUGCAGUGCGACUCGGAGGACGAUGGCGACCCCACCUUCAGCGCCCAGGUGAUCGAUGCCGCCUCGCCCCCUGCUGGGGCUCAUUCUCAUAAUGCUGAUGUUCCUGCCCUCGUCGCUUCCGGGGUCGUCGAGGUUCGGUGA